GAGCCUGGGGCCGGGCUGUUGCCAUGGUACCUUGGUAACAACAAGUCUGGAGGGAGGGAUGUGAGAGCACAGGAUCAGCCGUAUUGUGAGCUCUGGAGAUCUACCGUCCAUGGGAACAGCGGAAUAAGUAGCAGAUAUUGUGCCGCCACUGCCUUUGUGCCGCAGCGCAUAUAACGCAUGGGGGCUGGCCCAGUGAUCUUUGCCUUUGUAGAACUAUACUGAAUGUGAUAAUGGCUGCAGAAGUCGCAUUUCAGGAAUUGCAUCCAGCAAUGGAUAAUCGCUUGAAGGGGUACAAGCAGCGAGAUCUGUCCCAGACGCGUUUCUUCAAGGCGGCCUGCAGGACGUUUGGACCUCCAAAGUCACGGACACGGCGCAUCAUUGCUCCCCCCAUGGAGAAACUGCAAUCCGGGACAGCAGAGGUCACGGAACCAUCAUUUGUGGAUUCCGGCAGCAUCAUUAAGUGGGGAUCAGAUACGGUGGCAGAGAUCGGAGAGGCCAGUAACACCGGUCAGAGCAUUUCAGACUGGAUACGGGAAAGACAGAAGUUCAGGACCCAGGUGGACGGUAUGGGGGAUGUAGAAAAAUGGCUGCGUGGAAAACCGGACCUGACAGACCUAGAAACACGGGUACAGGAUAGGAUGGAGGAGAGGAAUCUGAAAAGCCGAAUGUCUCUACAAACUACUCAAGAAACGGUGUAUAAACCUAAGGAAGGCGGUCGCACCUUGACGAGGAGCACACAGUCCCGUGGAAUCACCCCCACCAUCCAGCAGCCUAGCCCGGGAGCCCUGGCUAUCCUGGAAGGUUACCUGAAUCAGCGCCGGCUGCGCCUAGUGGACAUCUAUAAUCAGACGGACAAGAGCAAGAGGAAGCAAAUCUCCAGCCACGACCUGAAGACCGUGAGAAAAGAGGCUAAUAUUCCCAUCAGUGACGUACAGUUUGACGACCUGGUCAUCUCUCUCAGCGGCAAGCAGCCAAAUCAGAUCAACUACAAGGAGCUGUCUGCGGGGCGUCGUUCCUGGAGGAAGAAGAACAUGGAAGAACGUAGGAAUGGAGUAGCCGUCAGCCCAGCCACAGCAAGGUGUUUCCAGCCUCCCAGCGACCACGACACUGAGGGAGACGAUUCUCAGCCCGCGGCCACGCUCUCUGGGAUGCCGGAUGGCUUAGGAAGCGCAAAAACAGAAUCUCGCCCGGUCCGCAGUGUGCAAAGCGGGGGGAGCGGGUCACAGUAUCUGCAGGUGCCCCCGGUCAGUCUGGAGGAGAGGAGACCCCUCAGCUAUGAGGACAUGGAGGACAUCGGGAAGAACUAUAGAGAGAGGAAGCGCAGAGUAAAGAGUAACACUCGGCUCCUGGACUGGUUAGAGCAGUGCCGUUUGGUGCGCACAGGCGAUGCUGCCGUGGAUGCCCACUCUCUGCCUUCUACACUGGGAGGGGAGACGGCAGAGCUGGUGGAACAGUUCCGGAGACAAGGGCUGCAGCAGUACUACAAGAUCCUGGGGCUGUGUCAGGCCCACGAGGUUCCGCUCACCGAGCAGCUGCUAGAAGGAGCGUUAUUACAUCCCGGGGACAAACUGAUCACUUGUGGACCAGGACAGCAGCUGCCGCUGCGACAGCCAGGAACGGGGACCGUGUCCAAGGAUAAAUUCAAGAGGAAAAGCCAUGUGUCGGGCAGUGAAUCCCAGGAGAGCGGGAGAUGGACCCUUGGACAGCCAGGGACAGCAAUGAGGCCCAAGGAUAGAGUCAUGAGGGAAAGCAACGUAUCAGCGAAUGGUCACCAGGAGACAGGGAAGAUGCAAGUGGAGAGAUCUCCUGGGACUGGCGACGGCCCGUAUCCCCCAGAAACCUACGUCAGAUGGGUCAGGACCAAAGUGAGGGGCAAGAAAAGAGUCAAGAGAGAAACUCUGAGAUGCUGGACCACGUAUGAGCAGUUUCAGGGAAUGAUUGGAAACCUGAAGCGGCGGUUCCCUCACAGUUUCUUUACAUCGGAUGACAACGCGUUCUGGCCAGGACACCUUGCGGAGAAGCUUCGCAUCUAUCUGCCGAAAGCUGCUGAGAAAGACACAAACCCGUUACUGACAAGGAGCCAAACCAAUCGCAGAGGCUAAGACCUCUCUGAAACGUUGGUGUUGUCUAAAUGUAAUCAAAUCUGAAGUUACAUUUGUUACCUGCAUCAUACGAUACGAGUUUAUUGUCAACAUCAAACAAUUUUGACAACGAAAUGCAAAUUGCACAAUUGUUUAUAGUGCAGGUUGGGUAUUAGUUAUUAAAUAACAGAUGUGAUGAGGUCACCUGUGAGGAAGCCGCCGAUCGGUAUACAGGUGGAGAAACGCGUAAGCACUUCAUUAUACAUUGCUCCAGCUGGUGUUUGCCACUUUACGUUUGGAAUUCUGACUAAGGCCUACAGCACUGACACUCCCAAUAAGGCUGUAACUGUUGGAAUGUACUAACAGCCAGGAGAGAAGACUGCUGCUUUAUAUGUGAGUGUCUCUAGGAGCAUAUAGGGCAAUAUACCUGCCUCUAAAAGCAUACUUUCCUACUUUGCUACCCUCUCUUCCGGGGUGUGUGGCUGGUGGCUUGUCCGGGAGGCGUGGCAUCAUGAUUCUGUCAUCGUGACUUCACCUCCUGCUAUACAGUUCCAAAAAAGCAGGGGGUCAACGAUGAUGCACAUCAGCGAGAAUUGCGUCUUCGGGUCCCCCUUGGACUGCCGAGUAGGGGUUUGGGGGGUUGACAGGGAAAGCGGGAUACUUGCCCACCUAUCCGGGGGGCGGAAGCGCCACCCGAUUUUCGGGAGCCUCUAGGCCGCUCCGGGAGGGUAUGCAAGUAUACUCAAAAAGGCAUUUUGGCCCACAAAAAAAAUCAUUUUCCUGGUCAAGAUAAACAACUGAAGCAGGUAACAUAUGCUGGUCUUUUGCACCUAAUAAUGGCAAUGUGGUUUAACACCUGUGAAUGAUGCUACUUUAUAGAAGGAAGCUUUUUUUUCUACUAUCCAUAUUGCGUCACUGGAUUGCUGCUAUCUUAGCGUUAAAACUUGGCCGCUUGGCUUCAGAAUAAAACAAAUACUUUCUGCGUGACUACUAACAAACAUUGGGGGUAAUUCUGAGUUGAUCGCAGCAGCAAGUUUGUUAGCAAUUGGGCAAAACCACAUUUGCAGAGAGAGUUAGAUUUGGGUGGGUGAUUUUGUUUCUGUGCAGAGUAAAUACUGGCUGCUUUAUUUUUACACUGCAAUUUAGAUUUCAGUUUGAACACGCCCCACCCAAAUCUUACUCUCUCUGCACAUGUUAUAUCUGCCCCUCCUGCAGUGCACAUGGUUUUGCCCAACUGCUAACAAAUUUGAUGCUGCGAUCAACUCAGAAUUAGGCCCAGUGACAUCUGGACUCGUGCCCCUGUCUGCGGGAUUGGGGUAAUUAGCUUUGAUAGUGUGCACACAUACGUCUGAAAAUUCAGUUCCUUGCAGGAGUGUUAAUAAUAAUAUUGUAAUGUUUUUUUAUAUGUGAAUAAAUUUGUAUGUGUAAUAUUACCAGCCGGUGUUAUUUAUAAUAUUAUUGGUCUGUAUACUAUUAUUGUAGUUUUUUCAUUUUUACUUGUAUAAUUAAAUACCACAUAUUCACCA